AGGGUCCAGUCCUCCGUCUGUUGUGGUUGUUGAACAAGGCGCCGUCGGGGCAUCGUGAUGGAACACGUGUCGCAGGAGGUUCGUGGCAAGACCUUGAGCAGGGUGGAGAGAAAUGCGGUGGUUGCAGCGGUGUCGGCGGUGGCCAUGCGAUGUCGCAUCGAGAGAACGACGGCGCGGUURAGGACGAGAGUGUCUAUCCGCAGGCAGCGUGAGCUCCUCCACCACGUGAUGGCGGCGCCAGACUGCGUGUCCAUGUCCGAAUCCAUUACCCAGUUCUGUGCCGCCAUGUCAUCCGGGGCGAUACCGCGGGCGACUCCAAGGUGGUGGAUGCGGAGAAGGACGGGUGRCACGUGGGAGGAUCUGCGGAAGAUGGACGACGCCUCGGACGAGUACUACAAGGAAAAGUUGAGGAUGACCCCCAGGGUGUUCAUGGAGAUCGUGGAGGCGUUGUCUCCUCUUCUGCAGCGGCGGGUGACAUUCUACAUGGUUCCUUUGCAGCCGGAUCACAUCAUCGCAUAUGCGUUGUACCGAUGGGCGAGCGGUGAGAUGUACGAGAGCAGCACGUUGUCAUUCGGAAUAGGGCGCGCAUCUGGGUUGAUCGCAGUGGAGGACGUUACGAGGGCGCUGCUGAGGGUGUACAGUGACAAGAUCGUAUGACCUACUGGGAUGCGCCGUACGCUCGUUCUGCGUGCCUUCGAGGCGAAGGGCUUUCCCAACUGCUAUGGCUGCAUAGACUGCACGCACUGUUACGUCGA